GGCAUGGAAAUACAAAGGGUACUAUAAAAGUUUUGCAAUAUGACUUAACAAACGGAGACAGGAGGCUGCAUGUUGAGACAUGUCCAUGAGUGCAUAUUUUGCGGUACAACUUUACGCGUGGUUUAAGCAUAGACUAGUGCUUAGAAGAAAUGACGCUUGCAUUAAAGAAUGAUUGUCCUCAUCGUACGACUAUAAUCAGGUGGUACAGAAAAUUCCAAAGGGGCAAUUUCACUCUGGACGACGCUAAGAGGGAAAAAUACCGCGAACGUCAGUAACA